UCGGUUGAACAAGCUCUGCCUUUUUUCACAACAGAGCUCACAAUCCCCCAAUAUAAUGGGCAGAAAGCUCCCGUGGUAGGUUGUUCUUCUUUUUCGUGUUUACAUCGACCUUUCACAGCGACAAUCACCAUGAAGUCCUACGCCAGCAUCCUGCUGGGCUUCGGCGCUCUUGCAGUGGCCGCCCCUCAAGUCACCCUCACCCCCGCUAGCGGUCCCAUCCCUCCAGUUCGAAGCUCCGAAGUGACUGGCGCGACCUCCCACGGCCCAUACUCAGGUCCCGCGCCAACAGUUACUGGUGCGUUGACUGAGCCAGCGCUGGCAGCAUCCGUCGCACCGCUACCUGCCGCGACGGUCACAUACAACAACACCAACGGCCUGCUUCAGGCUGGAUACGAGCCGGUUCCUUACCAACCAGCUGGCGGUCAGGGUGUGAACGGCACUCAGCCAUACUAUCACCCAUUGUCUGACUUCGACUACGAGUCACUCACUCUUGCUCUGUAUCAAGAAUGGAUUGAGCUGGAUCUCUUCCACAACGGCUUGGCGAUGUUCUCUGCUGCAGACUUCACCGCUGCUGGUUUGACCGCGGAGGAUCGAUUCUUGAUUGAGUUCAUGGCAGACCAGGAAGUUGGUCACGCUACCUUGUUGUCAAACAUUUUGGGCGUUGCUGCCCCCAAGCAAUGCACGUACAACUACCCUUACACCACUGUACGAGAAUUCAUCGACUUCUGCCAGAAGCUCACCCGCUUUGGUGAAUCUGGUGUCUAUGGUUUCCUCGGACAUUUGGACUCCCGCGAGUCUGCCACCCUUCUCCUGCAAUCCAUCACCACCGAGGCUCGUCAGCAAUUUGCUUUCCGCCAGAUGGAUGGCCUCUUCCCAAUGCCAGUUUGGUUUGAAGUUGGUGUUCCUCAGAGCUGGGCAUGGACUCUUUUGGCUCCAUACAUCUCCAGCUGCCCUGCCAAUAACACCCGCCUCGCAUGGCAGAACUUCCCCAAUUUGACCAUCAUCAACCAGCCCAACGUUUUCAAGAUCAACCCCAACUUGGGCGCCAACUCGAGCGCUACCGGAUCGAACCCAACCAAUGACACUGGCAUUGCCACCAGCAACGCAUGUUACAACUCGACCAUCAUUGGCGAGGAUUGCUCUCCAGCUAUCAGCCGCAACCGAUCGACCCCUCUCUCGUACCCUGGCCGCCCAGUCUACUUCUCGUGGGGCAACGUCAACGCGACUGUUGGACCCAACAACAGCUACGUUACUUCUCGAUCUGCUCUGGCUGAUGCUCCUCGCUAUGCCAUGUUCGUCUCUCAGCUGAACGCCACUUAUGUUCCGUUGAUGAACAUCAGCGGUAACAGCGCCUACGCUGUCCAGCCCAACAUGAGCACUUUCGCCGGUGACCCAGCUGCCAACGGAACCAUGUUCAUCGCUCUUACUUCUCAAAACCCAUACCUCACACCAUUCAACCUCAGCUUGAUCAACCCUUACGUCUAUGCUGGCCCUGCCCUUUACCAGGCUGGCUAAGCUAGCAGCUUAAAGCUGUGACCACCCUACGACGGACAAUAUGAUGAGGAGCGAGAUGAAGAUGCAUAAUACCUUCGAGACGCCGAUGAUGACCAUUGCGGUGUUUGAGGUGUAUUGUAAUAAUAAUACCCUGACCGUUACAAAAGCCGUGUGCAACUACAAAUCUUAAUACCAACGUUCA